AUGUCUGCCGAAGACGUGGGUAAACUCUUCGAUUCUCUGCGCGACACGGUGGUCUCAGCUUUGGCCAGGCACGCUGACCAAAUCGCAAGCUUGCAGGCAGAACUGCAAGCGAAAGAUCGCGAGAUCGCCAAGAUGCAGGGCGAGAUCAAACUACUGGAGAGCCGCCAGUUCGACCCGAUCCAGUUGAUCCUAGAUUUUCAAAGUCUCCAGAAGGAGGUGCGUAAGUUGAAAGAAGCAGCUCGUGAGAGUCACGCGACUCGCGAGGCCCCGGUUGCUCAGCCAGAGGCACCACAAAAGCCCAAGCAGCUGGAGAAGCAGCCGCAGCCGAACUGCAGCUCGAGAAGCCUGGCGCGAGCAGCUCUGCAGGCGGUGUACGGCAUGGUGGCACAGCGCACACCAACGGAAGCGCAGAGGCCGUUCCCAGAGGCAGCACCCACGUUGCUGUGCAACAAACAGCAUCGCAGUGGAAACAGCCAUGUUGCAGAUCAGAAGCCCAUCCACUGCCGUACCACAGCAUGGAAGUGCACGAGAUUCGGCGGUAUGGAUAUCCGGCGAGGACCAUACUACGCAAGACGAGACAUUGCAGGUUUCCUCAAAGAAGGUGAGUGCUUCACCGUGGUCGAGGAACGCGACGCAGGGACAGAUGGGUUGUUCCUGCGACUUGAGGGCGAGAAGGGCUGGGUUUUUUCAGCCGGCAGAUCAGGCAUUUUCUGCCAACGAAUGGGCGCCGAAGGUGCUGAAGGUGAUGGAUGGGCAAAAGACGCAUGGGGGGGCUCCAAAGAACAAGGCUCAGGGUUUCAGCGCACCUGGGCGAAAGAGGAGCAGACGUGGCGUGGGUGGAGUUGGAACAGUUAUCCGAGCGGCUCCGGAGGAGAAGAGAACUACUAUGCCAAGUCUGGAAGACAUCGGUCGUGGUAG